AGGAAUUGGAUAAUGAUCCCCGUACGAACAACGCACGAAACGAGGGAGGGAGGAACCCGGACGCCCAAAAAAUCCCCCCACCCCCAGCGCGGCAAUGCCGUCAUGUGCCCGCAUCUCCUCCGCCGUCUCCACCGCCGCCGCAUCCUCCUCCUCGCCGCCGCCGCAUCCUCCUCGCUGCCGCCGCCUCGCCGCCGCCACGGCGCGCGUGCGGGAGGGGACGCUCCGCCCUGAGGAAGCACACGACCUGCUCGACGAGUUGCAGCGUCGAGGCACGCCCGUUCUCGAGCGCGAUCUGAACGGCUUCCUCGCGGCGCUCGCGCGUGCGCCGUCCUCCGCCGCCUGCAGGAGUGGCCCUGCCCUCGCCGUCGCGCUCUUCAACCGCGCGGCGUCUCGGGCUCAAGGACCGCGGGUGCUGUCCCCCACAUCCCACACCUACGCCAUCCUCAUGGACUGCUGCACCCGCGCGCACCGCCCAGAGCUAGCGCUGGCGUUCUUCGGCCAGCUCCUCAGGACAGGCUUGCGCGUCAAUAUCAUCAUCGCUAACCACCUUCUCAAGGGCUUUUGUGAAGCGAAGCGGACAGACGAGGCUUUGGACAUCCUUCUCCACAGAACGCCUGAGUUGGGCUGUGUGCCCGAUGUUUUCUCGUACAAUACAGUAAUCGACGGCUUUUUUAAGGAGGGUGACGUAAAUAAAGCAUGUGAUCUAUUCAAAGAAAUGGUACAGCGGGGCAUUCCACCUGAUUUUGUGACUUAUAACUCUGUGGUCCAUGCCCUGUGUAAGGCAAGAGCAAUGGACAAGGCAGAGGCUUUCCUUCGACAAAUGGUCAAUAAAGGUGUUCUGCCAAAUAACUGGACCUAUAAUAACUUGAUAUAUGGAUACUCCUCCACAGGACAGUGGAAGGAGGCAGUUAGGGUAUUUAAAGAAAUGAGAAGACACAGCAUCUUACCAGAUGUUGUUACUUUGAACAUGUUGAUGGGUUCCCUUUGCAAGUAUGGAAAAAUCAAGGAAGCUAGAGAUGUUUUUGACACAAUGGCAAUGAAGGGCCAAAAUCCUAAUGUUUUCUCCUACACCAUUAUGCUCAACGGGUACGCUACUAAAGGAUGUCUAGUUGAUAUGACAGAUCUCUUCGAUUUGAUGCUAGGUGACGGUAUUGCACCUGACAUUUAUACUUUUAGUGUGCUGAUCAAGGCAUAUGCAAACUGUGGAAUGCUAGAUAAGGCUAUGAUCAUCUUCAAUGAAAUGAGAGACCAUGGAGUGAAACCUAAUGUGGUAACCUAUAGGACAGUGAUUGCUGCCCUCUGCAGAAUCGGUAAGAUGGAUGAUGCUAUGGAAAAAUUUAAUCAGAUGAUUGAUCAAGGAGUAGCACCUGAUAAAUAUGCAUACCAUUGCCUGAUUCAAGGUUUUUGUACUCAUGGUAGUUUACUGAAAGCCAAGGAAUUGAUUUUGGAAAUAAUGAAUAAUGGCAUGCGUCUUGAUAUUGUUUUCUUCAGUUCGAUAAUUAACAACCUUUGCAAACUGGGAAGGGUAAUGGAGGCACAAAAUAUAUUUGACUUAACUGUAAAUGUUGGUCUGCAUCCUACUGCUGUGGUGUAUAGUAUGCUAAUGGAUGGGUACUGUCUUGUUGGCAAGAUGGAGAAAGCAUUAAGAGUAUUUGAUGCUAUGGUGUCAGCUGGCAUUGAACCAGACGAUGUAGUGUAUGGUACACUUGUUAAUGGCUAUUGUAAAAUUGGAAGGAUUGAUGAAGGAUUGAGUCUUUUCAGAGAAAUGCUGCAAAAGGGAAUAAAGCCUUCAACUAUUUUGUACAACAUCAUAAUUGAUGGGUUAUUUCAGGAUGGGAGAACAGUUCCUGCAAAGGUGAAAUUCCAUGAAAUGACAGAAAGUGGUAUCGCUAUGGACAAAUAUACAUACAACAUAGUUCUUCGUGGACUUUUUAAAAAUAGAUGCUUUGAUGAAGCAAUCUUUCUUUUCAAAGAAUUACGUGCAAUGAAUGUAAAGAUCAAUAUCAUAACUCUCAAUACCAUGAUAGCUGGAAUGUUUCAAACCAGGAGAGUUGAAGAAGCUAAGGAUCUGUUUGCUUCUAUCUCGAGAAGUGGGCUGGUGCCUUGUGUUGUGACUUACAGUAUAAUGAUCACAAAUCUUAUAAAAGAAGGAUUGGUGGAAGAGGCAGAAGAUAUGUUUUCAUCCAUGCAGAAUGCUGGCUGUGAGCCCAAUUCUCGAUUGCUGAAUCAUGUAGUCAGGGAAUUACUAAAGAAAAAUGAAAUAGUCAGGGCUGGAGCUUACCUGUCCAAGAUUGACGAGAGGAAUUUCUCACUUGAACAUUUAACCGCAAUGUUGCUGGUCGAUCUCUUCUCAAGCAAAGGAACUUGUAGGGAACAAAUAAGAUUUCUCCCUGCAAAGUAUCAUUUUCUUGCAGAGGCCAGUCCGUGAUUGAUAUGUUGAUUUUUUUUGGAAUCAGUCCUUGCACGCACCUGUCACAGUUAAACUAGUAUAUGAUCUUAACUAAAACCAUUGGUUUACUUCAUGUUCAUGUUUCUCGGAAGAUUUUCUUCUCAUUUGACCUGCUUGAUAUGCAGAUGUUCAUUUACUUUUGAUCCAAUAUAUGCAGAGCGUUUUAUGUUUUUCGAAGCAUAUUCGUUCCGGUGCUGAUGUAGCUAUGUGCUCUCCGUACACAACUGAUGUGUGAUUCUCUCUUGUAGCAUGUUUUAUCAUGUCUGUUAACACAGCCGAUGUUGCAUUUAUGAGGAAUGACGUUAUAACUGCUGGGAGAAUAAUGUAGCAUGCUGAAUCCUGUUUUGGGCCCUGGCUGAGCCGCCCAGUUCGUCAUGACCAGCAAGGUAAUGUUCAUCUACAUGUCUAGUUUGCUCAUCUUGUCUUUGAGAAGGGACACCCUUAGCUGUUUACAUUAACAAAUAGAUAACGUUCUUCCUCAUUAGUGAUUGCAACCAAAGGCAGUCUGGCCUAAUGCUGUGGCUUGUAAGGGCAAAGUGGAUACCCUGCUGCUGGGUAGUACUAGUAUAUUGCUGUUCAAACCUGCAAAUGUAAGUUUUAAACAAACCUGCCAUUUCUAUCUACUGUACUAUGCACGUGCACUUGAAACAUAUAACUUUCAUUCAUGUUCAGUUAGCAUAUAAGUAUAUGCAUUAAUGAUUAAGUUCAUGCACCGGCCGAUUCACAACACUGAAAUACUGAUGCCACAGAUCUGGGAUCAGCUGAUGGAUGAAGAACAAUCAGUAGUCUCUGGGUAAAAUAGCAUGCCUGCGCAAGCGAGCGGACAUGAGUGACAAGAAGCGGUGAGUGCCUGCCUGCCUCCAUUUAAGGGCCUGUUCGUUCUCAUCUUAAUUCAUGUGGAUUGGAUAGGAUUAGGUGGGAUUAAAAUCCAUGGUGGGAUUGGGUGUAAGAAUGACCGGACAAGGCCUAAUGUGUAUCAGCAGAUUGACAACGCAACAAGAGCGAAGCCACAAGAGGUUUCAGGGUAGGGUACCAUCUAAUGUGUAUCAGCAGCAGCAGGUUUUUCUCAGGUGUUAAGAACCACCGACAUGAAAAAGCACCGAGUUUGCUCGUUCAUUCCUUGGCAGCCUUGUCGAUGAGCUCCUGUGGAUGUGGGGGAUGACGCCGCCGCCGCUGGCGGCGAUGGUAGCCUUGAUCAGGGUUUCCAGCUCGUCGUUCCCGUGGAUCGCCAGCUGAAGCAUAAGCAGAGAAGCAUAUGGUGGCCAUGGCUAUGCUAUUUAGGAACAGAAGGCAAAAACAGAGAGGGAAAUUGAACAAGGAAUAAACAAGAGAUUGUAUAGGAAGCUUGAUACGAAAUGGAAGCAGAGCAUUGUGGUCAGACCAGCACCAUCUCUAAGGGAGAACAAAGAGAAGGCAAGCAGAGCCUGUGCACGUAUUGGUUGGUUCAGUUGUGCGGUUGCUCUUUUUGGCUCUUAUCUUCGUCGCCAUUCUUGUAUUUGUAGGAUUGUGGAAAUGUAAACCGUUCAAGUUGCUGCAUUAGUAGCAGCUAGUAGUAUCUGUGAUUCAGAAAUCUAAAAGUUGUGACUUGUUCAUGUAGAAUGAACCUUGUGUAGAUGAGUUGCAAGGUGUGAGUGUUCCAUAUAUUAUUGUAGGAUGAGUUAGAAUCCUGAAUGUCAAGUGCUUAUUACGUGGA